GAAAAUUAGAGCCGACCCAUAAAACCGAUAAUAAAGGAUCAGAUCCGACCCGAUAAAGGUAAGCAGUGUAGCGUCGCAUCAUACACUCCUUCGGUUCCCGACGAAUCGCUGCUUUUUUCUCUCUCUCUCUCCGUCGCUGAAAAAUGUCGGCAAGACCUGAAGGAAGUCCGCCGGAGGUUACGCUCGAGACCUCCAUGGGUCCUUUCACCGUCGAGAUGUAUUACAAACACUCCCCGAGAACUUGCCGGAACUUCCUUGAGCUAUCCCGGAGAGGUUACUAUGACAACGUUCUGUUUCACAGAAUCGUCAAGGAUUUCAUUGUGCAAGGUGGGGAUCCUACAGGAACUGGAAGAGGUGGUGAAUCCAUUUAUGGUUCGAAGUUUGAGGAUGAGAUAAACAAAGAGUUGAAGCACACAGGAGCCGGAAUUUUAUCAAUGGCGAACGCUGGUCCUAAUACAAAUGGGAGUCAAUUUUUCAUCACCUUAGCCCCACAACCGUCCUUGGAUGGAAAACACACAAUAUUUGGUAGAGUGUGCCGAGGCAUGGAGGUGAUCAAGAGGCUCGGUAGUGUCCAAACCGAUAACACCGACAGGCCGAUCCAUGAAGUGAAGAUUCUAAGGACCAAAGUGAUCGAUUGAUUGGGGCAGAGGAGUUUUUGUCAAGGAGAAGAAGAAGCAUUUAGUAAACCGUUUAUGACAUGAAGAACUAUAACUCUGUGUACUGAUCCCUUGAUACUAUUGUAGACUGGUUUUUGUCUAAGUCUUGACUCUACUUUGAUGGAAAAAAAUGAUUGAAAUACGUUAAAUCACUCUCUAUUUCUUUUUGUAAUUUGCCUCGUUCAUAUCAAUUCAACGGCUUAAAAAAGAACACGUCAUC